CCCCUUUGGUCUAUAUUUAUAUUCAAUUUUCUAUGUGUUUCAAUAGGUAUCAUUCAAGCAUGUGUGCACCCUUUGAAAGAAAAACAUACAAUAUUGAAGAGCUCUUUAUAAAGCACUCACCUGUAGUUAAGCGCAAUAUAAGGCUCCAUAGCGUAACCAGCGAUAUAAAGUCUCCGGGUGUCCUCAUAUCCUGUCCUGUGGGUGAUCCUUGGGGUGAUCCUUACCCCUGUGGUGUUCCUGUCUCAGCUGCAUACAUCAGUCAUAUGUUUCCUAAUGUUUUUGGUUCAGUUUACAUUGCAUGUUAAAGUUUGCUAGCCUGCUACUGAUUCGGC